AUGGCGGCGGCAGGUGGCUCCGGACAGGACUCCUUGGCGUUGGAGCUGCUGGAGUCGCUCUUCCGCCAUCGUGGCGUGCGGCCGAGUGGCCCGGAAGGCCGCUCCGCCCCAGGCGCCCCAGACGCGGCUGGGAGAGCGGCUCGCAGGCCCCAGGCGGGCGCGAGCACGCGGGAGCAGGGCGUCGCGGCCGUGCCGCCCCGCGAAUGGCCGGCGCGGCCGCCGGCGCCCGAGGAGCGCGCGGCAGCAGCCGCUGGGAAAACCGCGGCGCUGGGCGAGGCCGACGAGGUCCUGCGCGCUGCUGGCCUCGAAGCAGAGGCGGACGCGCUCCGGGGGCCGGCCAAGCGCCUGGCCAAGGAGGCUGCGGCGGCGGACGCCAAGCCGGGAGCCCGCCUGGACUCCUGCAUGGCGUUCGUCUCCCGAGCGGAGCGCCGCCUUGCAGCGGCGCGCGCGGACGCGGAGGCUGCGGAAGCGGCCUUGGCGGCCGCUCAGGCGCGUGUUGCGGAGCUGGACGAGGAGCUCCAGGAGGGCCAGAGGCGCCUGGGGGAGCUCCGGGCGGGCACUCCCGCAAACGGGCUCUCGCCAGAUGUCCUGGCGGAUGUGCGCACCGUGCUGGAUGCCGUGGAGCGGCUGCCGAUGGCCGGCCACGCCGGCAGUGGCCCCAGGCUACCAGCGGCGGCCCUGGAGGCCUGCGCAGCGCUGCGGCGGCGCUGCGGCGCGCUCCCAGACGGCCGCGGCCCACAGGAACGCCUCGACGGCCCGCUGGAGCCGCCGCCGGACGGCCCAGCGCAGGACGACGCCAAGGCCCUCGAUGUUGCCAGGCGCCUGCAGCGGCCCCGGAAGCUCGGCCUCUUGGGCGGGGUCUGCAAGGACAAGGGCCGGCGGAGGUCGCGGUCGGCUGCCGGGACGCGGUCGGCUGCCUUCGCGCCGCCUGCGGCCGCGGCGGCCCUCCUGGAGCCCGGCUCCGAGGGCGCCGGCUGGAGAAAAACCGGCGUCAGGGCGAGGCGUGCUGCCGUCGCGCCGCCUGCUGCCGCUGCGGCCCUCCUGGAGCCCGGCUCCGAGGGCGCCGGCCGAAAAAAAACUGGCGUCAGGACGAGGGCGGCAGCCCUCACGCCGCCUGCUGCCGCUGCGGCCCUCCUGGAACCCGGCUCCGAGGGCGCCGGCCAGAGAAAAACUGGCGUCAAGACGAGGCGUGCUGCCGUCGCGCCGCCUGCUGCCGCUGCGGCCCUCCUGGAGCCCGGCUCCGAGGGCGCCGGCCGAAAAAAAAAAACUGGCGUCAGGGCGAGGCUGGCUGCCCCCACGCCGCCUGCUGCCGCUGCGGCCCUCCAGCGGGUCGGCUCCGAGGGCGCCGGCCGAAGAAAAACUGGCGUCAGAGGCGUGCUGCCGUCGCGCCGCCUGCUGCCGCUGCGGCCCUCCUGGAGCCCGGCUCCGAGGGCGCCGGCCGAGGAAAAACAGACGCCAUGUGGAGGUCGGCUACACUCGCGCCGCCUGCUACCGCUGCGGCCCUCCUGGGGCCCGGCUCCGAGGGCGCCGGCCGAAGAAAAAUUGGCGUCAAGACGAGGCUGGCUGCCCCCACGCCGCCUGCUGCCGCUGCGGCCCUCCUGGAGCCCGGCUCCGAGGGCGCCGGCCGAAGAAAAACUGGCGUCAGGACGAGGCGUGCUGCCCUCGCGCCGCGUGCUGCCGCUGCGGCCCUCCUGGGGCCUGGCUCCGAGGGCGCGCGAAACGGUCCUGGGCGGCGCUGGGAGGCGCGGCUUGCCAGCGGCGCGGGCGCUGGGAGGCGUGGGUUGUUGCCGCGCAGGCGCUGGGAGGCGCGGAUUGCUGCCCGCGGAGGCGCUGGGGGGCGCAGAUUGCCAGCAGCGGCGCUGGUAG